AUGAAGCCGAGUCCGGCCGGGACGGCAAGGGAGCUGGAGCCGCAGGCGCCGGCCCGGGGCGAGCAACGCACGGCGGAGCCCGAGGGGCGCUGGCGGGAGAAGGGCGAGGCGGACACGGAGCGGCAGCGCACCCGGGAGCGGCAGGAGGCCACGCUGGCCGGGCUGGCGGAGCUGGAGUACCUGCGCCAGCGCCAGGAGCUGCUGGUCCGGGGCGCCCUGCGCGGCGCUGGGGGCGCGCCACCCCCUGCGUCCCGCGCCGGGGAGCUGCCGGGGGAGGUGGCGCAGCGCAGCCGCCUGGAGGAGAAGUUCUUGGAGGAGAACAUCUUGCUGCUGCGGAAGCAAUUGAAUUGUUUGAGGAGAAGAGAUGCUGGUUUGUUGAAUCAGUUGCAGGAGCUGGACAAGCAGAUAAGUGACCUGAAACUGGAUGUAGAAAAGACAUCAGAAGAGCACCUGGAGACAGACAGCCGGCCUAGCUCAGGGUUUUAUGAGCUGAGUGAUGGGGCUUCAGGAUCCCUUUCCAAUUCCUCUAACUCGGUGUUCAGUGAGUGUUUAUCCAGUUGUCAUUCCAGCACCUGCUUUUGCAGCCCCUUGGAGGCAACCUUGACUAUUUCAGAUGGUUGCCCCAAAUCUGCAGAUCUCAUAGGAUGGCUGGAAUAUAAAGAAGGCCACUGUGAAGACCAGGCCUCAGCGGCAGUUUGUCGUUCCCCCUCCACACCACAAUUUAAUUCCCUUGAUGUCAUUGCAGAUGUGAAUCCCAAGUACCAGUGUGAUCUGGUGUCAAAAAACGGGAAUGAUGUAUAUCGCUAUCCCAGUCCACUUCAUGCCGUGGCCGUGCAGAGCCCCAUGUUCCUCCUUUGUCUGACGGGCAACCCUCUGAGGGAAGAGGAGAGGCUUGGGAACCAUGCCAGUGGCACAGGCGUUGGAUCUGAGCUAGAUGGCAUCAAAGCAGACAGUUCCUUACCAUCUCCUAGCAGUCUGUGGUCUGCUUCCCAUCCUUCAUCCAGCAAGAAAAUGGAUGGCUACAUUCUGAGCCUGGUCCAGAAAAAAACACACCCUGUAAGGACCAACAAACCAAGAACCAGUGUGAAUGCGGACCCCACGAAGGGGCUUCUGAGGAACGGGAGUGUUUGUGUCAGAGCAACUGCCUGUGUCUCACAGAGCAAUGGUGUGAGCCUUAAGAAUUCGAAACAGGCGUGUUUGCCCUCUGGCGGAAUACCCUCUUUGGACAAUGGAACGUUCUCCCCACUGAAGCAGUGGUCCAAAGAAUCAAAGGCCGAACAAGUGGAAAGUAAGAGGAUGGCCCCGUCAGAGGGCUGCCCACCACCAGGUGCUGCCUCUGAACUUCAAAGCAAGCAUCUGCCAAAAAAUGCCAAGCCAGCCUCCCAAGAACUUGCUCGGUGUCCCACUGCUGGGACAGGGGAGUCCCUUAAAGAAAGCAGUCAGAUCUCAGCUGCCUCUCCAAAAGAGAGCCCAGGCAGAGGCCCCGCCCCCCUGCAAGAGAACAAGGUUGUCCAGCCCCUGAAAAAGAUGGCACAGAAAAGCAGCCUGCAGGGUGCCUCCCCGGCUGCGCCUCCUCCACUGCUGUCUCCAGCCUUCCCUGUGGAGGAGAGGCCAGUCUUGGAUUUCAAAAGCGAGGGCUCUUCUUCCCAAAGCCUCGAGGACGGGCAUCUGGUGAAGGCUCAGUUCAUCCCGGCGCAGCAGCCGGGCUCCAGGCUCCACCGGGGCCACCGGAACGCGGGCGGCCCGAAGAGCUCCAGCCUGAAGCCGCGCGGCCAGGCCCUCCAGGGGCUGGAGAACGGCUUGCCCACCGUCAGGGAGAAGACGCGGGCCGGCAGCAAGAAGUGUCGCUUCCCGGAGGACGUGGAUACAAAUAAGAAACUCAAGAAAGCCUCUGCCAAGGGGAGGAAGAGCGGGGGCGGGCUGCCCGAGGCGGGGCUGCCCGGCAGGCCCCUGGGCGGUGGCCACAGGGCGGGGCACAAGGCGCACGGCCGCGACGCGGUGGUGGCCAAACCCAAGCACAAGCGAACCGACUACCGGCGCUGGAAGUCCUCGGCAGAGAUGUCCUACGAAGAGGCCCUGCGGAGGGCCCGCAGGGCGCGCAGGGAGAACGUGGCCGUGUACCCCGCGGCCGUGCACCCCGCGGCCGUGCCGCUGCCCUACGCCAGCCCCUACGCCUACGUGGCCAGCGACUCCGAGUACUCGGCCGAGUGCGAGUCCCUCUUCCACUCCACCGUGGUGGACACCAGCGAGGACGAGCAGAGCAGCUACACCACCAACUGCUUCGGCGACAGCGAGUCCAGCGUGAGCGACGCCGAGUUCGCAGGGGACAGCACCACCUCCAGCGACUCGGAGGAGAGCGGGGGCUUCCUGUGGCCCCAGUUUGUCCAGACUCUCCCAGUGCAGACGGUCACCGCCGCAGACCGUCACGGCCACCCCACAAAAACCUUCGUCAAAAUUAAGGCUUCACAUAACCUCAAGAAGAAAAUCCUCCGCUUUCGGUCUGGCUCUUUGAAACUGAUGACGACGGUUUGAGCAGCGUCAUUGGUCGUGGAAAGUGUGUACGCCAGCCCCGCCCUCCAGGUA